AUGCCUCCGGAUGGCAGCGCACUACACGCAUAUAGUCCGGCUCGCCCAAAAUCGGCUCGCUCGACGUCCCAAGUCUCCACCAUAUCGGUCGCAGCCCAGUCCAGGGCGCCUUCGCAAUUCGGUCACGACGCCCAUGACGCUUUCGAUAUUCCCAAUCCCGCCGUCCGAAACCCGACAACUCACGCUAAAGACCCGUCCGGUCGCAUGUCUUCGCUGAUCGGUCAUUCAGAUGAUACGGUCGACUUCCAUUCCGGCUCACAGGGAUCUCUUGAUGGCGGCAUCGACACCAGCGCGGUCAAUAUAUCCAGCCGCUCCUCCUCCAGGCAUGAGAAUAACGGGAUUCCUGUGAUGGAUAUAAAAGAUGUUAGAGGAGAUGUGAAUGUACCGUCGGGGGACGCCCGAAAAGGAUUGAUGGAGAUAGUCAGGAGAGAUGCUCUUGGAGAGGGCGCGAAAGACGACAAAAGUCUGUCGAGGCCCAUCAGACCCAAUAAAGCUGACUGGUCUUUAGCUGCAUGUUAUCAGCCGCGACAGUACUAUGUCUUGACCAAUGCUGGCAAGCCCGUCUACUAUUCCGAGGGAGAAGUCUCAAACGAUGCUGUGAUCAACUUGAUGGGCGUUGCCCAAGCACUCAUCUCAAUUGUCGCGGAAGAUGGUGACCGCAUGAGGUGCAUACUGAAAGGGCGUCAUCAAAUUGCAUUCCUGUUGAAAUCACCUCUGUAUUUGUUUUGUGUUAGCGAUUGGGGAGAGCCGGAGCAUGUUUUGCGAUCUCACCUUGAAUAUAUCCACCUACACAUCUUGUCUGUUGUCACCUCAACUCAAUUGACUCGAGCGUUUCAACGCAGGAGCAACUUUGACCUUUCCAAAUUACUGGAUGGUAAUGCAAUCUUGUUGAGAGUACAUGUUUAG